GCAAAACGACAUACAGAUAGCGUCAAAAAUGAUACUUCAAAUCAUGCCCCAAUUUUGUCAGCGUUUCACAAGAAAGAGGACGUCUUUCAAGUUUUGUCAACAUUUUAGUCUUCAAAUGUGACUCAAUCUCGACGUGUAUGAUGGGCGAGGGCAACUACCGAAACCGAAUACAAAUUAAAAACCAACGUGCGUGCGUUUCUGCCUGCGCAUCGAUACUACAUUCACGUGUGUCUCGUUUCGAAUAGAGCUACUGUUUCAACAAAAGGAAAAAAGACCAAGUUUCAACACGCGUGCGGAAGUUUCGCUUUCAGCUUCUUCAAGGUAUAAUAGCGAAGUUCAACACAAAAAGUGAGUUGAAAAAAGAUAAUUUUCGAGAAUGGCCACUACCGGUAGUUCCUGCUACGCUCUGACCUACCGGCUGUACGCCAUCGGUUUUUGGCUGGUUAUGAUCGGCGGUGGAUUGCAUGGGUUGACGCUUAAGGGGCCGGUGUGGUUCGGUUACCAGUUGUCCUGUCAAUCAAGAAAAGACGAGUACAAGCAGCAGUGCAUACAGGACGGCGCGGCGGGGUCCACGUACGACUGCGCCAACAGUGAGGAAGAAGUGUACCGGUACAUGCGGGACAAGAUCAAUUGCCACCCGCAGGCGCGAAGUCCGGAGAUGUUCAAGGGGCCAUACCAGUGGUGGGAUCACGGCAUUUUGCUCUUGAUUGUUGCCUUCUUCUGCGUCUGCGAGGGCUAUCGCGGAUUCCAGAAAAUGUUCUCCCCGAUGCUGAUCAAGCGCAGUUUGGAGUACGCGGAUUUAUACGUCGACCGAGCUAGUACUUCUUGUGACACGACGGGGAGUAGAACAAUUGUGGAGAACAACGGGAUAACUAGAGAAGAUGACUUCCCGAUUGCGCAUACCGUCGAAGAGAGUACAGAAACUGCUGCUGUGCCUGAUUUGGAGAAAGGUCCCGAUGCUGUGACAGUUCGGGAAACGUCGGGCGAUUCGAAAGACACGACGGCCGAGUCCUCCUCCGCCGCUCUUCUGGUGGACGAUGCGGCGAUCACUUUUGAUGUACAUUUAAAAUGCUUUUGCUUCUGCUGAUUCAUGCCUUUUCAUACACCGCGUACGUCUCUUUCUGUGCAAAAGAAUUUUUUUUCACCAUCCUGUUCUGUCGUUUAGUGUGGUUCUUCUACACCGAUCCUGCUUCGGUUUCGGAAAUGGAACCAUUUGACAACCCGCACAAAGAGGCGGGAACAAUAUAUUUUGAUAAAAAAUCUUGAAACAACAAUCCAGGUGUCGCAGAAAAACCGAACAGCCCAGGUCGAGUAUGGCAGCUGCCUGAAGAGUCGGGAUGACGAAGAAACAACUUUAGAGAAAACAACACCAAGCCUGCUCCCGCCCUACAUUUACUUCAACAAGUUCCAAAGCCCCUUCCUCGACCUCGUCCUCGCGCCCUUGCUGGUCGGCGGGUUUUACUACGGGAGCAAACGGCGACUGAUCGUGUCGUGGUGCCUCUUAAUCUUCAUUUUGCUGUGCAUUCUCGUGCUCGCGCUCAUUCGCAAGUAUGCCCCGGCGUCUUUCGUGCCGGAGUUUACCAACAUCGGUCUGGUCGCGGGUCUGGGCUUAUUACAAUGAAAAAUGCCCCCACCCCCGAACUUGGGAGCAUUUGUAUUGCAAACCUUUCCCAAUGAAACACUCGCCCUUGUGCAUCUAUCAGCAUCACAGGGUUCCAGUCGAGAAUAGCAAAAACUUGUAUUGCAGAAGGGCCCAGGAAGAGCGGCGCUUGUCAUGCAAGCGAUGCUACAGACGCCUAGACUCUGCAUCAGAAAGAUUCAUAAUCUUUUCAUGCAUGACAAAAAGUUUUCAUUUGGAAACUUCGCAUCACAAAUUGUUCCAACUCUGGGUGAGGGGGUAUUUUUCACUACAAUAAGGCUGGGGCUGGAUCUCCCUCCUCUGCUGGACGGUCCGGGCGUAUUGUCACUGCUACAGGAGUAUCAAAUGUAAAAGUGUCUGGGUCUGGAAGAGUCAUGCUGUUUUUGCAUGACACAGGAGGUCUGGCAUGGAAGCUCUAGCAUCACAGGUUUCGAGAAGCUUCCGCCAUGCCGAAUCCGCAUGACAAGUCCCCCAUUUUGGUGACAGAAAGUGGGCAGCUUUUGCUAACUAUGCAUCAGAGAUUUUUCUGUGUUCUGAAAUGCGCAUCACAAGUUUGUAUUCUUCCAGAUCCAGACUCAGACAUUUUUGCAAUGCAUAAGGAGCCAGCAUGCCGCUCUUGCGAUGGAACUGCGUAGGACAAGACCAGGAGGCGUAGUCGUGCUACCACAUCAAGAUAAGGACACCAGCACUUCCAAAGACAAUACCAGGACGAGCAGCAGAACAACCGCACAACAUCAGCAGGCAGCUGUGACAAACCGCGUAAUGGCAGUGGAGGACGAGGAAGCUGGAGCAAGGCGAACUGAGCAAGCGGCGCCCGAAGUGGACGUACCUGUACCCGAAACUCCGACAAGUAUCUACCACACGACUGAGCAAGUGGAUGCCUACAACAAAAAACUGCACGCCGACCGGGCAGCGGACGGGCUCUACGACUUCUUGAUUCCGAAGUCGUGCGAAUGGGGGUUGUAGUAACUACGGAAUGCUUGGUGUAUGUAGUUGUAUCACGAGGAAGAUGAACCUCCAGGAUGCUUUCGUAACAAACAAGAGAAACUUUCAGUUAAUCUAGAUCGCUUUAUGCUUUGCUUUGCAUGCGAUUAUUUGAUGAGAAUACAGGCGACAUAGGACCUUCUUUCGAUUUCUAGAGAGGGGGGACAAUUUUAGCAGUGUGUUAUAAGUACGGGUGGAUGAACAACCACAAGAACUACUAUUACCUUGAUGGGCUCCAAUCGGACUCAUACUGUAAGGCCCUCCGUUUAUGUCUUUUCAUAGCUUAUUUUGCGACUGCAGCUUGCGAAAGAAUCUGGAAAACUUUUCGAAUUGACGGCGCUCCUGAAGAUGGUACUCAGAAGAGGAGAAGCGUACUUCACAAUUUAGCUUCCGUGCUUGUUUCUCGGAAUAGAUUUCUGCAAUGGAUCGACGUUAUGUCUUGAUGCGAAACAGCGAAAGUAAAAAACUCGGGACGGAAUGAAAUGUUGAGUCAAAAGUUGGAUUUUUCCAUUUCUGUAGCAAAAAGAUGCGUCAAAAGCCUCACCCAAGAAUGCAAUUAUGAAUCGGAAACCUGCUCGCGACCUGCGACGACCGAUACUUUUUCUUACUCUGUGC